AUGUCCUCCCCUUGGUCCUGGCAGCAAGGCCCGCCUCCUUUCCUCGCUUCCGCACCACUUCCAGAAGACGUCAAAUCACGUACCUGGAAUCGUGCUCUAUGGGGCGGCGAGCUCGCCUUCGCUAUCGGCACGCUGGUGAACCCUGGGUUCUCCGACAUGCUCCUCUGUUGCCACUUGUCACUCUCAUCCGUCUCAAGCACGAAACUCACGAUCGACCACGUUCGCAGGGCGACCAGGGCGCUGCGCUGGAGCCACCCGGGAAUUGCUACGACUAUCGCUUUCCCUUCUUUCACUAGCAUGGCGGAUUUCAAGCCUGACCAGGGUAGGCUGCUGUACCAAGCAGCCAGUGGAGAAGAGGAAGUCGGUGACUGGCUGAACGAAGGCGUCUUUGAUGACAGCGCCUAUCUCAAGAGCGCUGGUGGGGACCUCGAUGGGGCUCUGGACGCACUGAAGAAGGAUAUCGGCGCUAUCACUGCCCCGCGCAACAAAUGGAUGCUCAAAGUCCACUUCAUCGGUGACUCGGAAUUGGGCAAGUACGGCAUCCUGAUUCAAACCGGGCACACAAUAUUCGACGGCAUCGGCACAUUCGAAGUGCUUGAUUUGUGGCUGCAUGAACUUGCCCAGGUGCUCCCGCAGAAGAAAGACUCUGGAUGUCAGUGGGGCGAGGAAGCCGUCAGGUUGGCCAAAGCUGUCCCCGAUCGGUCUGCUGCACCUUGGUCUGCGGAACCUACCCCGCCAGAACACCCAAUAUUGAAAGAGAUCGGCGAAUCCCUAAAGAUGGCUCCUGUACAAUUCGGACUUCCGGUGCUGCAUCCAGACGCUUCACCCACAUACACCGGUACGAUCCUCAAGACCUUCCCUGCACCCCUUGCCGAGAAUCUACGCCUGACUGCGCGGGCGCACGGAUGCGGCGUCUUCAGCGUUAUCGUAGCAGCGAACUAUCUCUCGCUCCUCUCCCUCAACCCUCCCGCCUCAUACACCGGCGAACUACACGCUCGCAUCCUGCCCAACGCGUCUGACCUGAGGGCAAAGUAUCUCACGGGCGGGCCUGACGCCAAGAAGGAUCGCCGCACGUGGCAGGUUUCCAGCGCGCUGGGGGGUGGGGUGGUCAGCUCUAGGCACCUGGAACGUUUCCUAGCCAGCGAUGACUUGGUCAAUGAUGUGUGGACGCUUGCGAGGGAGCUGCAGGAGCAGGUCAACGCACAAGCUCCAUAUCAGGCUACCGCGGCACAGUGGGUACCAGACGCAAUCGCAAUGAUGAUGGCAUCAUUCUUUGCUGCUCCUGCCGAGCUGGUCCCAAAGAACAAAGUUGUCAACGUUUCCUCCAUGGGGCUGAUGGACGAUUCCCUCUCGCCUACCUACCCUACUACCUCCCCAUCCUCAGAAGCAGUUAUUUCCAUCUCCCGACCUGUUUUCACGGGUAUCGGUCCGGGCUUACCGCCAAACGAACUAGGUGCCGUCGUCCACCCCUACACGUGGAACGGCGAGCUCUUCCUAAGCUUCAGCUUUCCCGCUGCGUACAUGGGAAGUGCGGAAGAGCAGAAGAAACUAGCAGAAAAGGGCGAGCCAGUAUUAUAUGCUUACAUCGAGCGUUUUGGGGAACUGUUGCGGAGGCUUGCAAAUCCACAAGGGCUUCCGAACUAG